AUGCAGUUCUGGAAAUUCUCUACGCUGGCAAUCGCCGCGCUUCUCGCCUCGGUUUCUCUUGUUUCAGCCGCCGGCGGUCUGGACGAAGCGGCCAUUGCCUCCCCUGAUUCGGCGGUCUUGAAAUUGACUGCCCAGAACUUUAAACAGACUUUGGAAGAAAACCCCAUGGUUUUGAUGGAAUUUUUCGCGCCAUGGUGUGGUCACUGUAAGACUUUGGGCCCUCAGUUUGCGAAGGCCGCAGACGAGUUGAGCGAGUCCUUGCCCAAAGUCAAAUUGGGCCAGGUCAACUGUGUGGAAGAGGAGGAGUUGUGCAGACAGCACGAAAUCAAGGGCUACCCCACCAUGAAGCUUGCCCGCGGCCCCUACCAGCAGCCAGACGACUACGAAGGGCCACGUGACUCCGCCGGCAUCGUCGACUACAUGAUCAAGAUGUCUCAGUCCCCUGUCAACAUCGUCUCCGACUUCACCUCUUUCGUCGAGAGAGCCGAGGCCGAGAUCAAGCCAUUUGUUGUGCAGGUUCUCCCCAAAGCUGCUCACGCUGCUGCCGCCGCUUUCAACGAGACUUUCGGUGAGAUCGCCCUGCUCCAAAGACGCCACCGUUCUCACUUCUCGCUCGAGGACGACACCUCGAUCGCCGAGCUCGCCAAGUUGACGGGCCUCGAGUUUGCCGCCGACAAGGCACACUACUUGCUCGUCCACCCUGGCCAAUUUGAUGACGCGCGCGUCUUCUCCGGUGACAACUUCACCCACGAGGAGUUCACCGAGUGGGCCACGCACGCACAGGUGCCUGAUUUCGGGGACAUCAACAGAGACACGUACAUGGUCUACAUGGGCUCCACCAUGCCAUUGGGCUACUACUUCUACGAGACCCCAGAGCAAAGAGCCGCUGUCGAGGCCUUUUUCGCGGAAAAGGGUAAGGAGUUGCGUGGCAAGAUCCACUUUGUGGGCUUGGACGCCACCCAGUUUGGUCGUCACGCCGAGAUCUUGAACAUGGACCCACUGGUUGUGCCAUUGUUUGCUAUUCAAGACAACUCCAACGGCAGAAAGUACGGUAUCAAUCAAGUGGAGCAUCCAUCUCCAUCCACAAAGACUAUUGAGGAGUUUAUCGACUCGUUCUUGGCGGGCGAGGCUGAGCCAAUUAUCAAGUCGGAGCCAUUGCCAACUUCCGAGGAUGAAGACUACGAUGAGAACGUCGAAAAGUUGGUUGCCCACAACUACGACGACGUGCUUGCCGACGAGUCCAAGAACAUUAUUGUCGAGUACUUCGCUCCAUGGUGUGGUCACUGCAAGAAGUUGGCUCCUACUUGGUCUGAGUUGGGUGCUUACUACAAGGAGAAUGAUGACAGUGUUGUUGUGGCCAAGAUUGAUCAUACGCUUAACGAUGUUGCUGUCCCACACAACAUUGAGGGUUACCCAACUGUUAUUUUGUACCCUGCCAACGGCGAGAAAGACCCUAAGACCGGCUUGAGACUCGGUGUCGUCUACAACAAUGCCAGAGAGUUGGAGUCUUUCAAAGAGUUUAUCGAGACGACCAAGGUGUCGAGCGCCGGCAACACUGAGGAUGCCGCGGAGGAAGACGCCUCCGUUGUUUCUGAAGAUGAAGAGGAGAUUGAGGAGCACGAUGAGUUGUAG